GACUACCUCGCUCCCAACAUGUCCGGGUGGGAUCGCAUGGGAGCCGUUGACGAGGACGACAGUUCUCGUCACCAUGGCCCGACCGACAUUGAGGAAUCGAAUAUUCGUGGCGCCCUCGACGAUUCCUUCGCCUGCGGCAACUGUGGUCAAACUGGCCACAUGACGCGCCAAUGCCCGAACGACUCCAUCCCUCUGAGAGAGGGGCGCAGCAACGGAGAUGAAGCUUAUGGCGGUGGUGACUUUGGAGGUGGCGGUGACCGUGCCUGUUUCAACUGCGGUCAGACUGGCCACAACAAAGCCGAUUGCACCGAGCCUCGCAAGAUGGGUGCUUGCUUCAACUGUGGGGAAGAAGGUCAUUCCAAGGCCGACUGCCCCCAGCCCCGUGUUUUCAAGGGUACCUGCCGCAUCUGUGAGAAGGAAGGUCAUCCGGCUGCCGAAUGCCCAGAGCGACCUCCUGAUGUCUGCAAGAACUGCAUGGCUCAGGGCCACAAGACAAUGGAGUGCAAGGACAACCGGAAGUUCGACCUAAAUUUUGUGGCUGAUAUGCUUCCCCAAGAAGGUUGGGCUGCAAUGAAGAAAGCCAGCGAUGAAAGGGACCUCGACGAUUUCCGCGAGGCCCUCAAGAUUUACUCCAAGGCUGUCCCUGACGCGACCUGGGCUGACAUAGAGAAUAAGAUGCGAGAGGAAAAUUUCAAUAUCUACAUCAUUGCUAUGGAGGCUGAGGUUGACGACGUGAUGAGUCUGAUCGAUCUUCAAGGAGUGCUCGACCGAGAGUAUUCUAUUGGAUUCUUCUUUAGCCCGAAGCCGUCGCGUGCUACCCUCCGAGAGCGUUGGCCUUCGAGCCCCGAGGAGAACCUUGAACGUAUGAGCAACGCUGGUAUGCCCUAUGAGCGCAAGGUGCCCAAGUGUCUGAACUGUGGAGAAUUGGGACAUAUCUCACGCAGUUGCAAGGCGGAGCGCACUGAGAACAAUGAUCGUGUAGAGAUCAAGUGCUCGAACUGCGAUGAGGUUGGUCACCGUGUGCGCGAUUGCAGACAGAAGCGCAAGUACAAGCGUGGAUGCCGUAACUGCGGGUAUGUGAUCCAUAUACAGCAUAUUGGCAUGGACAAUACUGACCUAUGUGAAGUUCCGAGGAGCAUGAUGCUGCUGAAUGCACCGAGCCUCGCUCUGCUGCUGGCGUCGAAUGCCGCCGGUGCAAUGAGACUGGUCAUUUCGCCAAGGACUGCCCCAACAUGCCUGACCGUCCUCCUCGUACCUGUCGUAACUGUGGAUCCGAAGAUCACUUGGCUCGCGAGUGUGAUCAGCCUCGUGACGUUUCGACCGUCACCUGCCGCAACUGCGAACAGACUGGGCACUACUCUCGUGACUGUGAUCAGCCGAAGGAUUGGUCAAAGGUUCAGUGCAAUACCUGUGGCGAAAGUGAGUCAAACAUGGGAGUUUCUCUGGUCCAGUCUAUCAGCUAACGAUACGCUAGUGGGUCACACCACCCGCCGUUGCCCUCAGGCGGAAAAGGAACAGCCUGAUUAUUCGACCCGUCUUUCUCCCGAAUCCCACCCGGCCAAGUUGGCAGAGGACGAUGAGCAGUAUUCUCACGGACCUUCCAGGCGGGAUGAACCUGAUCUUCUGGGACCGGAGACUGCGGGGACUGGGGAUGAGCCAGGCAAUGACGACAUGUGGUAG